GCUGGAGAGACUGCGUUUCCGCCCGGGCGUAGGAGGAGCAGAGGCUGCGCUAGAGGGGCAGGGAGCAGAGCUGCCUUGGGCCAGGCCCCCACUUCCCUCCUCCCUGCACCCCAGUAGGGGGUGGAAGUGGCAGCUCAAGGGGGAUGCUGUAGGGAGACGAAACGCACCGAGAGAGGGCGAGAGAAACAGUUCCAGCACGGCCAGCACCUUGGGCUCCAGCCACCGAGGCGUCAAACCCGCCACAAGCUUGAGGCUUUCUCAGGAAGUGAAUUUACAUAUCCCAGGCCUCUCCUGGAGAGCUUCCAGCCUGGACAGGAAAAAACAGUCCGGGUAUCAGCAGGCGAAGCUCAAGCGCUGUGGCCAGGGGUUCCGCAGGCCUCACUCACGACGCCAAUGGGCAGCAGCCAGCGGGAGGCUUGACUACGCACUGCAGGAGCUGGCACGAGUGUUAGCCCCACCUUCUCCCACCCCAGCAGGAUGGAGGGGCCCUGGGCACUGAGCUUCCUGCUGCUGGCCUGCCUGCUGCUGCCCGACUCCACGCUGAGCCAGCCCAGCCCCCGCGAGGAGGAGCAGGGAGAGGCAACGCGGGCACCGUCCCACCGCCACGCUGCCAGGGCCGAACGGGACCACGAGAAAUAUCAUCACAACCCGGACAAGCAGCCUCCCCGCUCCCAGUGCGUGCGUUGCUGCGACCCCCCCACGCACUCCUCUGCCUACCCCAUGUACCAGCCCCUGCCCCACAUCAACGUCACCAUCCUGAAAGGUGAGAAAGGAGACAGGGGCGAGCGAGGCCUGCAGGGAAAGUUUGGCAAAGCCGGAUCGGCAGGCAGCAGGGGCCACACGGGGCCCAAGGGCCAGAAGGGGAGCAUCGGGGCCACGGGGGAGCCAUGCAAAAGUCACUAUGCCGCGUUCUCCGUGGGCCGCAAGAAACCUCUGCACAGCAACGACUACUACCAGACACUGCUCUUCGACACCGAGUUUGUCAACCUCUACGGCCACUUCAACAUGUUCACGGGCAAGUUCUACUGCUACGUGCCUGGCAUCUACUACUUUGCACUCAACGUGCACACCUGGAACCAGAAGGAGACCUACCUGCACAUGGUGAAGAACGGGGUCGAGGUGGUGAUCCUCUAUGCCCAGCAGAGCGACCGGAGCAUCAUGCAGAGCCAGAGCGUCAUGCUGGAGCUGCAGGAGCAGGACGAGGUCUGGGUGCGUCUCUUCAAGGGCGAGCGGGAGAACGCAGUCUUCAGCGACGAGUACGACACCUACGUCACCUUCAGCGGCUACCUGAUCAAGCACAGUGGGGAGCCGUGACCCCAGGCCUGGGCUGUCCGGCUAGUCCUCCCCCAAGGCCAUCACCCAUCUCCUGCUCCGCUCCUCUUCCUGGUGGCAGACCUAUCGCAGACCGCCAAGCCCUGUCAUGCCUUUGCCCACUCCCUGCUCCCCUUCCUCAGCUGGGGCAUGACCCUCUCAUUGCACAACGGUGCUCUCAUGCCGUCUGUGGCUGUAUACAUAUGGACGUGCCUCUCCCCACCAUGCCUUGCUCAGAUAACUGGGAUGAGAUGUAUUGGGAGCGGGGGGGGGGGGGGGGACUUCCCCAGCCUCCCUGGUGGCAUGAUUUGUGAAAGGAAGAGCUAUUCCAGCGAGGGAAACAGGCCUUCCUCGGGCAGCAGACGGCACGGGCUGGUAUUCAUUGGGAUGCGUGGGGUCUCAGCAUGGCCACCGCAGAAGCCAGUGCUGUGGCAAGGAGCCUCCCACAGGUGUGUGCUUUGGACACGUUUGCCUAGUGGCUAACAAAUCCGAGUCCUGGCACACACUUGCACCAGCUGAAGGUGCCCCGUUCUGGUACAGUUACGUGGGUGCAGAUAUGACCUCACAGCAGAAGCUGCUCAGCACCAAGCAGGUGCAGGGCUCCCUGCUGGGAAGGGACAGGGAAAUGGCAGCUCCCUGGAGGCAUCUGCUUCAUCCACAGGGACCCUGGGAUUUACAGGGUGCAGAGAUGCCAUCUAGCAGCAGCAGGUGCUGUAGGGACCUGGGAGCAGCAUCACACAGCUCCCAAUAAACCCUCCUUCAACGUGGAGCUGGCAGAUUGACCUGCUGCAGCUUCCCCUUCCUGCUGUGCUCCGCACCCACCCUCACACGGAUGCCUCUGUGCAGGCUCUCGGGAUCCACGCCAGGGAGUCCUGCCAGCUGUGCUCUGCAUUGGAGUCCAGCAAGGCCAUGAGACCCCAGCCCCUGCCCCCAUUCAGGGCAUAGUGCUGAAUAGCCCUCACCCCGGCCCCGCACUCCUCAAUGGCUGACGGUCACCACCCUAGCUGCUCCCCCGCAGACGGGGAGCUGGUUCCAGCUGGCGGCGCUGGUUGCAAUGGGCUUGGGCUUAGUCCCUCCUUCCUUGGUUAGUUCUGCUGGUCAGACUUUUGAUCUCUGUCGAUAGGACACAGAGCGGGGCCGGGGCACCGUGCUGCGCCCCCAGGCUCUCUGCGCUGCUCUGUAAUCACAUUAAACGCUGAAAGGGCUGGAUUGCUAGCUGGGCCUUGGCUUCGGGCUCCUUUCUCCACUUCACUCACACUCAGAGGCCCUGUGAGGGGACCCUUGGGCCUGGCUGGCUGAGCUGGGACUCCCCCCCACGAUGCCCUUUCCUCCAUGGGAACCCUGCAAACUGCCUGAACUGGGCCCGUCGGUCACUGGCCGCAGCGGCAGGACUCUGGCCCCACAGCCCUGCCGGGAGCGCAGGACCCUCUCUCCUCUGGGGGCAGCACACGCCCUUGUGCCUUCCCACUACACACCUUUGCUUAGAUUUGUGCACCUCCCUCCCUAGGUGCACGUCCCUUGGCAUCCCAUGUGUGGGGGCAGGACCCAGUGCUCGGAGCUGGGCAUCGCCUGAGCGGGACACAAAGCCCAUGCUCUUCCCUCCCACCUGGCUGGAGACAGGGAUAGAGGCCCCCCCUGCAAGGGGCUCCAGGCCUGCAGCCCUCCCGCAGUAACAGCUACGCCAGGUACCAGCAGGCUUUGCCCCAUGCACUGACUGCCAGGGGGAGGCAGCGCAGGGUGGCAGAGGGCAGCUUGGGAGCAUGGCUGGUCCUCAGAGGAGAGGGCAGCAUGGGGGAGCAGGUGGGAUCUGGGCUCAACCGGCAGCAGUCCCACAGGGCGACAGAUGGCCGGGAGGUGAACCCUGCAACGGGGGUAAGGAUACAUGGUGCUGGGGGAGGCCUGGACACAUGCAGGGACAGGAUGAUGCCAAGGAGAUGGGGGACAGGCACACGCAGUGGCAGGGCAAGGGACACUGCACACCCACUGGGCAGAGCGAGAGAGGUGGGGUGCGUUGGCAUUGAAAGUUUGUAGCCACAAUAUCAAGAGUGUCAGCUAAGCCCUGGACCCCAGACAGGCUGAGCCCUGCAGUCACUUUGUGGAGCUCCUUUGCCGAUCUGAGAGCCAGGUCCUGGUGCCUGUGUCUGGGCUGGGCACAGGACUCAGGGCUGCCAAGCUUGGCCUUGGCAGCUGAGCAGAGUGCAGGGGCCAGCCCUGCUGUCCUGGGCUGGGUGGGUCCUUGGAAGCUGGGGGAUGGGCCAGCCAACUGGCCGGGGGUGGCCUUCCAAGAAUAAUAUUGGGAGAGGCGUUCUGGAGCAGAGCAGGGAUGAGGUCACCCGUCAGAGUCUGUCUCAUGGGGCCAGGAGAAACAUUCCAGGAGAAGCCUCUGGAGUCAUGUGUGGUCACAAUAUCAUUCUCCCCAGCAGACACAAACUUAGGAACAUUCCCUUCCUGGGCCUUAGUUGUACCCAGAACCAACUCUGGGUCAACUGACAAAUUCUUAAGUAGCAUAAACUGAGAAGCACUUUCUGUCUGCUCCACAGACAAAAGACUGGAGGUACAUUCUCCUUCGUUAGGCACACUGCUAUUUGCAACAGACAAACAAUUGAAAACAGUUUUUCCUUCAACAGAUAAACUGUUGCUUUCCACAAAAAGUGUCUCACUACACUGAUUUCAGAGUGGUAGCCAUGUUAGUCUGUAUCAGCAAAAACAACGAGGAGUCCUUGUGGCACCUUAGAGACUCAUACAUUUAUUUGGGCAUAAGCUUUUGUGGGCUAAAACCCACUUCAUCAGAUGCAUGGAGUGGAAAAUACAAAGGCAGGUAUAAAUACACAGCAUAUGAAAAGAUGGGAGUUGCCUGGCCGAGCUGGGGAGUCAAUGCUAACGAGGCCAAUUGAAUUAGGAUGUGGCCCAUUCCCAACAGUUGACAAGGUGUGAGUAUCAACAGAGGGAAAGUUAUUUUUAUAGUGACCCAGCCUCUCCCAGUCUUUAUUCAGGCCUAAUGUGAUGGUGUCACGUUCGCAAGCUACACCGAGCUGCUUUAAACAAAUCAUUUCUACCUUUUUCAGGCUUACUUCCACAAACUUUACUAGCUAACAAUUCAUCACUCACCAAGACUGUCCCCCUUCCUUCCUCAGUCAGGGCUUUAACCUGAUCACCAACUUUAAUUUGCUCUACAGAAACAUUUCCCUGAGCCCUAUCGAAUGCCAGAUUCACUUCUGAGAUACCAGACAGAUACUCAGCAAUUUCUUCCACAUAUGCAUUGCCUUUUUGCACAGAUAAACAGCUAUCUUUCUCAGACAAGCAUUUGGAGAAACCCUCCAUAGGCAAAUCCUUGCCCCAAGUAGACACAGGUUCAAGAUUAUUUCUUUCCUGUGACUGAUUUACAUCAACCUGACUGAACAAAGCUUUAAUAUCAUCCCCAAUCAAAAGAUCCUUAGGCAAGAACUUCCUUGCACCAGUUACAACUUCAUGCUGAGCACCAUUCCAUUCAAGGUGGAUUCUGGCUAACGGCACACGUACAGUAAACUCAUAGUGGAUUACAAUAUUCACACUCUGAUUUGGUAAAUAAUCUUCCUUUUUGACCAGAUCUGCUUUAACAAGAGUGAUGUUAGAAGCUGUAAUUUGCCCUAAACAGCUUUUACCAUUGACUUUUACACUCUCUGCACAAGUUAUGGGGUUACCUUCACCUGAGCUCACAAGAGACGCAUUACAUAAAAGGUGGCAGUGCUGGGGUAAAUUUGGUUACACACAGAGUCAGAAUCAAACAACCUACCAACAUUGUUAGAAACUGGAUAGAUUCAAUCCCCAUCUUUGCUGUUGAGAGGAGCUGGCUUUUCAGGAUGAUACAGUUCCUGUUGUUCCUUUAUUCUCUUGAGUUGGAGCUUAAGUCUGUUCACUUUUGCCUUAGCUUCUGCGUCCUGCAAUUGAAGAUAUGCCAUUCUUUGUUCAUAUUCAAAACACAGGUGUUCGCUUUAAGCAGCUUCUCCUUCCGUAUCAGCUAUUUUUUGCUUUUGUUCAAGUUCUAGCUACUGGUUUCUCACUGCAAGCAUUUUCGCUGGGUCUGCUUCCUUAUCACUAGCAAUUAACACAUUUUUCAGUUCCUGCUCUGGGGCCUUUUUCUUAAAAGACAACCCCCCCGCCCCAGCACAAUUCUUCCAGGCUUUUUCUGUCAGGAUCUUGAUCAUGGGUCACUCACUGUAACUGAUUUUUAACCCUUAAACUCUCCAACAUCAAAAUUAAAUUUGAUAAGCAUGUGGUUCUGAUCCAAAAACCCAAUUAACUUGCGGUAAUGGGUAUCCAAGCACGACUACGCCACUGUGACCAGGGUCCUGUUGGGGAGCCGGCUGUGGUCACUCAAUUAGGAUGAACUGCAAAGAAUGGGGCAGACAAUCCCCAAAAGCUGGUGGAUAUUCCAAUAUUUAGAUUUACCAAGCAGCAUAAAACAGCUUUUAUUACCUCACUGGUUACUCAGAAGUCCAAACAACACAAUUCCCUUAAAGCAGGGCUGGCCAACCAGAGCCUGAGAAGGAGCCAGAAUUUACCAAUGUACAUUGCCAAAGAGCCACAGUAAUACAUCACCCCCCACCCCCAGCGCCUCCCCUCCCUCCCGAUCAGGUUUUGUGGUGUGCAGG